UUUCCACGUAGAAGUAGAAGUCUUGUUUCUGUCACAGUCCAAGCUCCAAACUCUAUAUGCUAAGAAAAACAACUUCAUGUGGAGGCAAAACCAACCAUACGCCAAACAAAUCCUUUAGUUUCAUGCAUAUUUAAAUUUCCACACUUUAUUCCUCAACAUCAACAUGCCUCCUUCAAAACCAAGUCAAUAGCCAAAACUUAAAAGUUGAAACAAACUAACAACAGGUUCCUUCUUAGUUUCAUGUCUCUUUCUCUUUAGCAACCCUCUUCAUUAAAGCAUUCAAACCCCAUUAUAUCCCUGUCCCAAAUGCUAAGCAAGGUUAGGUGAAAGAUAGCAACUUUAAGCGCACACAAAAAAACCCCUUUUCAUAACAAAAACCUUACGUGGAUUCUUAAAGUUCUAACCUGUUGUUGAUCAGGUGGUGAAUUUCCUAAUCAAGAAAACUAGUACUACCCUUUGAAGAGGAGGAACUCAUAGUGCUGUUGCUUCUGCUUUUCGUGUUGCGCAGCAUCCUUGUCUUUGGACAAAAUGUUGCUGCAGAUAUCACCAAGUCUGAGGCAUGUCACUCUACUUCCAGGAAAAGGGUUGAGGGAAUUUAUCAAAGUGAGGAUUGCUUCGAGGAGACUUUCUUAUCGGAUUCUCUUCUAUUUGCUGUUGUUCUUCACUUUUCUUCUCCGGUUUGUGUUUGUUUUGACAGCAGUUGAUGGCAUAGAUGGUGAAAACAAGUGCUCUACCAUAGAAAUUAAAAAAAAAAUUGCAGGUUGCCUAGGAAUAAAACUGAGGCCAAAGAUUUUGGGAAGAAAGCUUGAAUCAACUGUCCCAGAAGAGAUAUAUGGAAUAUUAGAUCAACCCAUUGGAAAAGAUGAAUUGGAGAGAAGAUCUGAUAUUCCUCAGACUUUAGAAGAGUUCAUGACUGAAAUGAAGAAAGGCGGAUAUGAUGCCAGAACAUUCGCGAUUAAACUACGAGAAAUGGUAACAUUUAUGGAACAAAGGACUAGGAUGGCCAAAAUCCAAGAAUAUUUAUAUCGUCAUGUAGCAUCAAGCAGCAUACCUAAACAGCUUCAUUGCCUUGACUUGAGGCUAGCGAAUGAACACACCAACAAUGCAGAAGCGCGCCUUCAGCUACCGUCUGCAGAACUUGUUCCUGCUCUUGUUGACAAUUCUUACUUCCACUAUGUUCUUGCCUCAGACAAUGUGCUUGCAGCCUCUGUGGUAGCAAAAUCACUUGUUCACAACAGUUUGCAGCCUGAGAGAGUUGUUCUACACAUAAUUACAGAUAGAAAGACUUAUUAUCCAAUGCAAGCUUGGUUUUCAUUGCAUACAUUAUCACCUGCUAUAAUUGAGGUCAAGGCAUUGCACCAUUUUGAUUGGUUUACAAAGAGAAAAGUGCCUGUUCUGGAGGCAAUGGAAAAAGAUCAAAAUGUGCGGUCGCGGUUUAGAGGAGGUUCAUCAGCUAUAGUUGCAAAUACUAUUGAGAAGCCGAAAUUUAUUGCAGCAAAACUGCAGGCACUUAGUCCCAAGUAUAAUUCAGUGAUGAAUCACAUUCGAAUACAUCUUCCAGAGAUGUUCCCCAGUCUUGACAAGGUGGUAUUCCUCGACGACGACAUUGUGGUACAAACUGAUCUUUCACCUCUAUGGGACAUUGACAUGAAUGGAAAAGUCAAUGGAGCAGUAGAAACAUGCACUGGACAAGAUAAAUUUGUGAUGUCAAAGAGGUUGAAUAACUAUUUGAACUUCUCCCACCCUCUAAUAUCCAAAAAAUUUGAUCCAAAUGAAUGUGCUUGGGCUUAUGGCAUGAACAUUUUUGAUCUGGAGGCUUGGAGGAAGACUAAUAUAAGCUAUACAUACCAUUAUUGGGUUGAACAGAAUACAAAAUCAGACUUGAGUUUGUGGCAGCUAGGGACAUUACCUCCUGGAUUAAUAGCAUUCCAUGGUAAUGUUCAUACUAUUGAUCCUUUCUGGCACAUGAUGGGAUUGGGAUAUCAGGAAAAUACAAGUUUUGAUGAUGCUAAGAAUGCUGGUGUUGUCCAUUUCAAUGGCAGGGCAAAGCCAUGGCUAGAUAUAGCUUUUCGACAAUUAAGGCCAUUGUGGACCAAGUAUGUUGACUUUUCAGAUAACUUCAUCAAGGGAUGUCACAUUAGGAGAUCUUAACUUGGAUUUUGAGAAAAUGUGACCCUUUUGUAUAGAAGGUGAAGAAAAUGAGAGGAUUUCCAAGUGCAAGUUCAUCCAUGACAAAAAUGGCAUGGCACGAUUCUCCCUUGUUUUAAUUUGCUUUUGAAGUAUUCAGUUGAAAUUUUCAAAUUCUUUUUCUCUUCAAUCCAUAUCUGUAUUUGUAGAUCAUAUAUGUAUAGAGAAAUGCAGUUCUUUUGGGAAACAAAAAUACAAGCUAGUGGCUUAAGAAUAAGCUUUUUAGUAAGAUGAAGAAAUAAAAAGUUCUGAAAAAGGGACUAUAGACUCACAGUCCUCAUUCCGUUGCCUUUUAAUUUAUAUAUAUCAUAUUAACAGCAAA